AAAAGCUUAUGAUCGAGAUCUCUUAACAUUGGUAUCACUUUGUGUCACCAAUUGAGCUUUAGCACUUUCUAUAAUACAUGCCGUAGGUUUAACGUACGAUUUGCUUUUCGUAAACGUGAACAUUUAACUGAGUCGACAAUAUGGCUAGGUAAAUGGAAAGGGCAGAGGUUCAUGGUUGGCGGCACCGUACCGCUAUAUAUACGUUGCACGAAUGCCGGCAAUACAGCGCUGACCUUGAGUCGCAUCUACUUUCACUGUGAUACCAUGAAUCGAGUGAUGUGCAGAUGUUCAACACAAUCGCUGUUCAACGUAGAUAAACGUCUUCAGAUUUCGCAUCUCGUAUAACAGAUCACAAGUAGUCGUUUCUUUCAAUUCCAGGCACAACAUAGACGCGGCAAGACUCACAGCAUCUCCACCGGUCCCGCGUCGUUAACGCAUCAAAGCAAAGCCGCGCACGAAGCUCAAGCCGGUCAAAGAGGCGUCAGUACUUCAUUGCUGGGCCAGGCUGUGAUGUCAUCGAUGUCAACGUCGACAUCCACAGGAGGUGGAACCGUGUCAUCGGAGAGCUCGCCAAAGUCCUGCAAUCCGGGCGAGGCGACCAUCGAAGGGCGAGCCAGCCAACCAGCCACCGCACCUGUCAAUAUGGCUCAGUCGAAGCAGGUCGGAGAGCAAGCGUCAGCGCAGCCCAGUGGCCAGGUCGCCGUCGGUGUGGCCCCGGUACCAAAGAAGAAAGAAGCUACACCGAUGGUUGAAUAUAUCGAGACGCAGCCACAAGCGCAACCGAAGGUCCAACCAGUCAAAGAGGAGCCACCAAAGGCGGCGCCACCGAGCAAGCGUGCUCAUACUCAGACGGCGAUCAAUGAGGUGACGCAGCCUCUGAUAGAUCCAGUGGACAAGCCGGUGCCACCGGCGUUGGCACCAGAGACUAAGGCAGACGCGAAGCCCGAGACGCAAAAACCGAAGCGGGAAAAGCAGCAGACGGUGGACAGUGUACAGACCGAUACGCCACCUCUGACACAGCUUCAAGAAGAGCGUGCUCCCGUCCUUGUAGACGCGGCGACGCAGUCCUGCACUCUCACCACAGCCGUACAGCCAGCGCAUCGGAAUGCCGCAGUCGACACGGGAACGGACGCUCCCAACGACUUCUGGCUGGCCCACAGUAACGACCCGGAGCUUCCUUUCGCCUCCGCAGAGUACACGUCGCCACCAGAGGGCGUGGUGGCCAGUGCCAAGGUAGCGGCGGUGAGAGGCGCCCAGAAGGCUGAUCGCAAGCGCUUCGAGAGCACGGCUACUGGGGGUGUCGGCCGCAAAUCCAUGGCCGCGACUACUGAAGCGGGCGGCGGGGCCACUACGGAAGCGACGGUCAUGUUGGACGUGAACCCGUACGUGCGCUACCCGCUGCUCAUCAUGAACCUCCUCAUCUGGUUCAUGGGUGUGACACUACUGCUGGUCGGAGCGUACGCCUACGUGGACACCUGGACCAAGUCGGAUAUCCCGUCGCAUUCGACUUCCUACAACAUCUACAGCAUGUUCGUGAUCAAGAUGGAGAUAUCGGUGAUGCUGUUCGGCAUGGUGACCAUGUCGUUGUCGUUCUGCGGCUGCGUCGGCGCGCUGCGCGAGAACACCUGCCUGCUGAAUAUCUACUCGUCGUUCAUCACUGCGCUGCUGCUCAUCAACCUGGUCGUAGGCCUCAUCGUCUUCUUCCUGCCGUCGCAGAUCAAGAAGCUUCUCUCCGAGACUUUCUCCAUGGAGCUAAUCGUCCACUACCGGGACUCGCCGGACUUCCAGAGGCUCAUGGACAGCAUACAGGAGCGGAUGCAGUGCUGCGGCAUCUCGAGGAGGAACUUCAGGGACUGGAACGCCAACAUGUACUUCAACUGCUCCCGCGCCAACCCGAGCAGUGAGCGCUGUUCCGUUCCUUAUUCGUGCUGCAAGCGCAACAGUACCGAACAGGUGGUGAGCCUCUCGUGCGGCCGCAACGUCCUCAACAUGACCGACUACGACGCCUGGUUCCAGGUGUACACGGGCAACUGCCUCGACUCGGCGCACCGAUACGUGCGCGAGAACGUCACCAUCAUCACGGGACUCUGCCUCGUCUUCGUCAUCGUGCUCGCCUUCGUGCAGAUGGUCACGCAGGCGCUCAUCGACGAGAUACUCAUCAUUCGCCGCAUCUACGAGAAGUUCUACGAGCGAGCCUACGACAUUCGCGCCGCCCAGGAGCAGACCGAGCCGUCGGCCAACUAACGGGCGCUACAGCUGCAGCCACGGCAAAGUCGAGAGGUCCACGCGCACGGUAUUACAGAAGGCAGACCAUUUACGUGGGCUCAUACGCAAGAACAAUCUCGGCAACUUGGUUCGGUCCCGGUCACUACGUUAGUGCGCGUUGAUGUCUGUUAGACGCUGGAAGUGUUCGUUAGUGUCAAUGAAGUAUACUGUUAAUAUACAAGCUAUGCCAGAGAACUGUACAACCACGUUGCGUUCUUUUUUGCGGCGUCUGGAGGAGCACAAUCUGUUGGUGACGAUGAACUGCAGAUGUACCGCACAGUUCACUGGAUUGUCACAAGUCCCACGAGACGUUGCUAGAAUCUACAGGGUCAUUAAUGCGUGGUAAUUGCUUUGACAAGGUCACUGGCCAAAGCAGACGUUAUCGGUGACCCUUGUAGUUAGCUGUAGAUGCGCCUUGCGAGACGUUGUUGCAACAAGGCUGGGCUCUGGGUAACGCCUUGUUAUGAUCUCUGCAGCAGCAGAAGCUGACAAUGACCAGGAAGUUCAGUGAAGGUGUUUCGAAAAGCACAGGGCAGCGAGCCCGCACCCUUCGGUCAAGUGUACUACGGUUGGUAUUCCGUGGGCUGCGCAGCGCCGCACACUUCGUUGUCGUGUAGAUAUGUUGUGUAUAGACGAUGUUUAAAAGGAUUAUGACGUACCAGCAAUUGUCUUCGCUAUACUGAGCAGGUGCGAUACCUGUGAGCGCAUUUUGUGUUUGCAUUCUUUUAGGUUUUUAGCGUGCAUCUGUUGCCAUCUGUUGCCAUCGUGGAUAUACGGGUACCUCGACGGGAAUUGUAUUUGUCUAUAUGCGAUAAACGAGUCAGUGCUUUACA